AGCCUAACCUGUUCUCCUGGCUGGCUUUAAGCUUACAGGCAUUUAACUGGCAGAUCCAUCCCAUCUUGCCUGACAGAGUAGCAGUGAUACACUUAGGAGGAGACAUCUCUCCCUGGGCUUUUCUUAAGUGGCGGCAUCUCUGGCAGCAGCAUACGAUAACUUUGCUGUGGUUUGGAGUUUCCAUGGUUUCAUGUAUUUUGGUAGAAAUUCCAUGAUAUGUGGAUGUAAAUAGCUCUAAAAAAUUAUGAGCAAAGACAGCAAGAGUAGAAGUUGUUCAGAAAGCCUGGUCCUGGGUGACUCUGAGACAGGAGUCGUCACUACAGGAAUCACAGAUGACACAAUCACUGCAAAGAGUGGCCUGCAAGCAGGGGAUGAGAUUGUUGCAGCCACUAUACACCUAGACCACCUCAACAAAGAUGAAGUGCUGAACAUCCUGAAGUUCCUGGAACCGUAUGAUAACAACGUGAAGGUUCUGACAAAGAAGGAGCUGAGCGCCAGUGCUGGCCUCGGCUCCUUGGGAUUAGGUCUCAAAGACCCUGCACAGAUGGUUAUCCCAAACAAGGAUCUGUCACUGGAUGCAUCAGAUGAGCCACCAGUUGUUUCCCUUGAUGGCCUGCGUGGAAAGCUAAAUGCUGCGCAGGGGUUGGGGGGUAAAAUAAGUGGUCCCACUCUUAAUGGAGACCUUCCCAGUCUCAGUGUAAAUAAGCCCUCAGCUCAUGCUGGUGCCAAUAUCACAAUGCCCUCCGUAGGACUGACUGGACCAGAUAUAAAAGGAGAUCUAGAUGGCACCCUCAAAGCACCUGAUGUCAGUGUCUCGACUCCCCAGCUCAACACUCCCAGUGCCUCGCUUGAUAUUGAGAAACCAGAAAUUAAGACAGGCAACCUAAAAUACAAGACCCCAAAAUUCACAAUGCCACACUUCAAUCUGCCUCAACUCAAAAUACCAAAAGCAGAAACGGAUGUUUCUGGUCAUGUAAAUCUCCCUUCGGCCAGUGGAAAUCUAGAGACACCAGACCUCAAUCUGUCAGCCCCAAACUUAGAUCUAAAAAGUCCAGAUUUGGGCCUGAAUGGGCCAAAAGUGGAUCUGAAUGAUCCUGACGUAAAUUUAGAAACUCCAAAUGCUGGUAUUGAGGCACCGUCAGGCAAAAUCAAGUGGCCCCAUCUAAUAUGGAAAGGUCCCAAAGUUAAAGCACCCGAUGCCAACUUAAAUGCUGCACCUGAUGUGAACAUCUCCACACCAAAGAUUGAUGGGGAUCUAAGUGCACCAGAUGUUGACAUUAACUUUCCCAAAGCUGACAUCAAAGGCCCUGAUCUUGAUGUUCAAACCCCAAAUCUUGACAUUGAUGCCCCAUCUGGUAAAAUCAACUGGCCUCAUUUGAAGUGGAAGAAACCCAAACCUCAUGGCCCGAAAGCUGAUCUGGAAUUAGAUGCAAACCUGAACACACCAGAUGUUGAUCUCCCUGUUUCAAAAGUGGAGGGUGGAAUAAACGCCCCAAAUGUUGACAUUACUUUGCCGAAGGCUGACCCUAAAGACCCUGAUCUAGACGUGCAAACCCCAAAUAUUGAUCUAGGGGCUCCAUCUGGUAAAGUCAACUGGCCUCACCAGAAGUGGAAGAAGCCCAAACUUCAAAGCCCAAAAGCAGACUUAGACAUAGAUGCAGACCCAAACACACCCAAUUUAAAUCUCUUAACUCCAAAGAUUGAAGGUGACAUUAACAUACCAAAUGCUAAGCUGAAUCUCCCAAAAGCUGACCUUAAAGGCCCCAAUGUAGAUGUUCAGGCCCAAGAUCUUGACAUUGAUGCUCCAUCAGGGAAAAUUAACUGGCCUCAUCUGAAGUGGAAGAAACCCAAGCUUCAUGGCCACAAAGCUGAUAUGGACCUUAAUGCAGAUCUGAGUGUACCAGAUGUUGAUGUCUCUGUUCCAAAAAUCGAUGGUGAGAUUAGCACACCAGGUGUUGAUCUGAAUUUAUCCAAAGCUGAUGUUGAUGUUAAAGCACCAGAUGCUGACACUGAGGCCCCUUCUGGAAAAAUAAGGUUUCCAACACUCAAAAAGCCCAAGUUCCUGCUUUCUGGGCCAAAGGUGAAAUCCCCAGAUGUUGACCUUGAUGUUGAUACGAAAGCACCUGACCUCAGUCUCUCUCCUCAAGCAUCACUUGAUGGACCUGAUGUUGAUGUGAAUUUACCAAAAGCUGAUGUUGAUGUUAAAGCACCAAAUGUAGACAUUGAGGGUCCAUCUGGGAAGUUCAAAUGGCCCACUCCUAAAAAGCCAAAGUGGUCAGUCUCAGGUCCUAAGGUUAACGGUCCAGAUGUUGAUCUAGAUGCUGAUGUUUCAGCACCUGACUUGAGUCUCUCAGCUCCAAAUAUUGAUGGGGAGAUAAAUGCACCAGAUGCAAAUCUAAAUUUACCAAAAGCUGACCUGGAAGGCCCCAAGUUAGAUGCUCCAAAUGUUGAAGGUCCAUCUGGAAAAUUCAAAUUGUUCACCUUCAAGAAACCCAAAUUUGGCACACUGAAGGGUCCAAAGGCUGACAUUGAUACUGAUGUGAAGGUACCAGACGUAGACGUCAAGCCGCUUGAUGUGGAUUUGAGUGCACCCGAUGUGAAUCUUUCAGCACCAAACAUUAGGGGUGGGAUUGAGGCUCCAGACCUCAAUAUCAGCAUGCCUAAUGCUGAUGUCAAAGGUCCAGAUGUGGAUCUUAAUGGUCCAGAUCUCAACCUUGACUCAUUUGAUGGUAAGCGGAAGUUACCAAAAUUUAAACUACCAAAAUUCAAAGGGCCAAAAGUCAAGGGUCCUGAAUUGGAUGCUGAUUUUAAAGCACCAGACAUUGAUGCCAGUCUUGACUUACCUAAAUGUGGUGUGGAUGCACCUAAUGUCGAUCAAAUAGCCAAAAUUGAAGGUGCCAUUGCUGCUCCAGAUUUGAACCCGUGUCUGCCCAAAGCAAACCUUAACACACCAGAUGUUGACAUUAAUGCUCCUGGAAAAUUAAAGAUGCCUGCAUUCAAAAUGCCAAAAUUUAACAUUGGAGGACCAAAGGCUCAAUUACUUGAUGCUGAACUUAAGACUUCAGAUGUCUCUGUUCCUGAUCUUAAAUUGCCAACAUCUGAUGUCAAAGCACCUAACUUGAAUCUUUCUGGCCCAACAUUACAGAAAGAUCUCAAUACUCCAGAUCUAGAUCUGGAUGCUAAUCUUGAGACCGAUAUUGACCUUUCACCCCCCAAAACUAACAUCUGUUUACCAGACUUCAAUCUUUCUAACCCGAAGAUUAAGGCUCCAGACAGUAAUUUGCCCAAAGCUGAUGUAAAGGGACCCAGUCUGGAUCUACCAAAAGCAGACCUCCAGGUACCUGAUCUCAACUUGAAAGCACCAGAUCUCAGCAUGUCUCCAAAAAUUGAUAGAAACCUCUCAGCACCAAACAUAGACACCAAGUUGCCAAAAGCUGAACUGCAAGCACCUGAUGUCACACUGGAAGCUCCAAAUGUGGAUAUCAACCUGCCCAAAGCAGACCUCAAAGGACCUGAUGCACACUUAAAAACACCAGAUCUAGAUUUUGAUUCCCAUCUGGGAGACUUUAAAUUGCCUCAUUUCAAGCUUCCAAAACUUGGUCUUUCGAGUCCUGAAGUAGAAGUUCCAAGUGUUAAUCCUACAGUGGAGGCUGGAAUAGAGGUACCGAAGGUCAACAUAGGCACUCCUACAGCAGAUGCCAACAUCUCUGUUCCUGCGGUAGACUUGAGUGUGCCAAAUGUAGAUGCCAACCUUGAAAAGUCCAAAUUGACACAUUUCAAGCUUCCAAAGUUGAACUUUUCAGGGUCUAAUGUAAAAGAGGUUAAUUCCAGUGCAAAUCUUGAAGUCUUACCUGAUGUGAAGGUCAAAGCUCCCAUUGUUGAAGGAGAGAUCAGUUCAACUGAUGUCAGUGUCUCUGCUCCUGAAGUGAAGACGAGCCUCAACACACCUGAACUGGAUAUCACAGCUGAAUCAAAUGCUUUAGUUAAAGGUUCUCCAAAAAGUAGGCUGAGAUGGCCCUUCAAAUGGGGAUUAAAGUCUGGUUCAGGUACUGAUGAAGAGGGAAGUGGUGUUGACUCAGAAACUGAUUUGUCUAAUCCUGAGGUGGAGGUUCCUUCAUUCAAAUUCCACAGACUGCCCAUGAACAGCAUUGAUGGCAUUGGAGGAAUUGGUGAUAACUUAGGCUUAUCAAAACUUGACACAGAGGCAAAGGAUUAUGUUGUCAGUAAAGGGGUCCGCUUGCCAAUGGUAAAUGCAACAUCAAAAGCAGGAGAAAAGAUUGACAUUAUGGAGAGAUUGAAAAUGGCAAUGGAAAACGCACCCUCAGCUAUCGUCUCACCAACUGAACUGAAAACUGAUAUUGAUCUGAAGCUCGCCGCCCCAAAUCUUGAUGUCAAUGACUCUACAGAAGCAGGAGAUUCCUCUUUGGUGAGAGCAGGUACUUUCAAAGUAGAAAAGCCAGAGUCUGUACUGUGCCUAGUAGCCCCUGAAAUUUCAACAUCAGAUGAAAAUGACAAAUUGUCAUUGAGCCUCUCCAAUAUGCUCGGCCUUAAUAUCAAGGAUUCAGAUGCUGACUGAUUCCUGGUAGGCUAACCUGAUAAAUAAAGCUUCAGUCCAGAAACAUUGUAAAUACAUGUAACCAAACUAAUUCAAUACCUUAGUUUGUGACCAUAAAUAGAGAAGUUACCUGUUUAAUUUACCAUUGCCACAGUUUUCUACAGAUAAUGCCAGGUACAGUAAUAAUUGUGUAAUUGUGUAAUAAAUUUAGGUAGCCUAAUGAUGAAACUUGUUUUUAUAAACUGUGUGUAUAUUCCUGUUAUUUAUAUAAGCUUUUUUUCCCCCAAAAAUUGUUGAUUUGGAAGUAUGUUACUUAUUAAAUAACUGCCUCAGUAUUGCAUGUGAUUAAGCUGUUUAGGUUUCUGAGAAGUGCAUUACUUUACCUUAAAAGAUUUUAGUGAUAAGUGAAUUGUGUGAGUGAAUGUACUUCUUAAUUGUUUGUUCAGUAAAUAAAUCAAUACAUUCAAAA